CCAAAAUGGACCCCCUAAGCAAGCUUCCAUACGAGCUCCUCUCCCUAAUCAUUGACUACACAGCAGACUGGAUCACGCUCGAAAGCCUCAUUCAAAUCUCCCCACCACUACACGACCUCUUCACCACCUCAGCAGCCCCCAGCACCUCACCAAAGAAACAAUCACGAAGAUCAGCACGAACAUCAUCCAAAGCCCACCGCGAAGCCAUACGCAUUGUCAAAUACACCCUCAAAAACAACCCCAUCAUGUCCGUUGCUAUCCGUCGGCACUUCCACAUAAUCACCAAACUACGUCAAUUUUCCUCACAACCAGCUGUCAGACGCACCAUCUGUUAUACUACACUCCUAUUAGGAGAUGAUGAUUCCUCCCUCUCCUUCGAUUCCCCACCAGCCCACACAACCCUCCUCGAAAUGAUCACCCUCGCGGCCAACAUCCAGCGUCUAGCAUGCGCAUGUCUAUCCACCUUCCUAACCCGGCUUCGGAGCGUUCAUCCGCACCGCUGGACCAAAGAAGAACUAGAUCCAAAGACAAGUGCAUCCACACAGACAGACAUGGAAGCGUACAAGCUACACGAUGUGGGACCUCCCUCAUGGCUCGAAGAGCAUCGCAUCUACCGUCCGUUGUGGCUUCUACAGCUGAGAUAUGAAUUGUUAUCUGUUGGCAAGAAGCUGAGAUUGUUCACUGAUGCUCGACUUCAGAGAAUGAAAGAUGACUAUAUAUGGACAUAGCUAACCCGCGAGGAUAACAACAACAACAGCAGCAGCAGCAGCAGCAGCAAGUCAAUGUCCACGUCCCCACGCGGUUCCCAGCAGGACCUGUCACAGUCCUGGCACGCACUCGGCAUGGCGAUAUGGGAUUGCUGGCGGAUGUAUGGGCUGGGACUGACCCUGGUGAGGCGGGAGUGUUUGUCGGAGCAGGCGGAGUCUGAAUGGGAUGAUGAACUGCCGAUAGGCCCGAGGCCCGCGCGUAGGAAGGAGGAGCUUGUAUGUAGGCUUUUGGACUUUUUGGAGGGGUGGAAUGAGAAGAAUAGUACUAGUAGUAGGGAGGGGGGGAGAAAGAGGAAAAGGGGUGAUUAUGAG